AUGUCAAAGCUAAUUGAGGUGUUUCUGGAGAAUCUGUGGACGCAGCGCUUCACCUUCUCCCGGAUGGGUUUGGAUUUACAGCCCGAAAAGGGCAAAGUUCUACGCUCACCGUUGCUUUAUGGCAUUAUGUUUGUGGCCACGGGAUUUGAACUCUGCACCGUGUGCGCUUUUAUGGUCCAACAUCGCAACCAAAUCGUGCUCUGUUCCGAGGCCUUGAUGCACGGCCUGCAAAUGAUCUCCUCGCUGCUGAAGAUGGCCAUAUUCUUGGCCAAGUCCCACGACCUGGUGGCCCUCAUUCAGCUGGUCCAAGCUCCCUUCACAGAUGCGGACUUCUUUGUGGCCAAGUGGAGGCGCCAGAAUCGCAGGGGUCAGCUGCUGGCUGCCGUUUAUUUUAUGAUGUGUGCCGGCACGAGUGUCUCGUUUUGGCUGAUGCCAGUGGCUUUGACCAUGCUCAAGUAUUACUCCACUGGGAUUUUCGCACCAGUUAGCUCAUUUCGUGUGAUUCUUCCGUACGACGUAUCCCAACCGCACAUUUAUGCCAUGGACUGCUGCCUAAUGGUGUUUGUGUUGGGCUUUUUCUGCUGCUCCACCACCGGAGUGGAUACCCUAUAUGGAUGGUGUGCUCUGGGCCUGAGUUCCCAGUACCGUCGCCUUGGUCGGCAAUUGAAAUGGCUUCAGGAGCACUCCGAUGUGUCACGUUCUGAUUUGGGCCUAAGUGGGCUCUUUGCCGAGCAUGCUCGUCUUCUAAAGUUGGUUCAACACUUUAAUGCUAGCUUUAUGGAGAUCGCCUUUGUCGAGGUCUUGGUGAUCUGUGUUCUCUACUGCUCCGUAAUCUGCCAGUACAUAAUGCCGCAUACCGAUCAGAAUUUCGCGUUUCUCGGUUUCUUUUCCAUGGUGGUCACCACCCAGCUGUGCAUUUAUCUUUUCGGAGCGGAGCAAGUGCGCUUGGAGGCAGACGACUUUUCCAGGCAGCUCUACGAGGUGAUUCCAUGGCAAUUGCUAUCUCCACAACACCGACGCCUGUUGCUCUUCCCCCUUCAACAAGCUCAACGGGAGACAGUCUUGGAUACAUAUUUCUUCAAGCUCGGAAGACCUCUACUCGUUUGGAUAUUUCGCACAGCUGGCUCUUUUACAACUCUACUGAAUGCCCUCUACGCAAAAUACGAGACACAGUAA